CCGGAAGUAGUCCACACGUGUAGUGACGGGAGCUGCCAUGGAGGUUUUGCUGGUGUCUGAUGCGUUAGGAAUCGGAGUGGACUCCGAGGAAUGUGAACACACGGUGCGGCCGAAGAGGAAGAUGUCCCUGUAUAGCUGUGAGACUUGUGGAAGUGAAGAGGCGAAGUACAAGUGUCCGCAGUGUCUGAAGUACUCCUGCAGUUUACCUUGUGUAAAGAAGCAUAAAGUGGACGUUCCCUGCAGCGGCGUCCGAGACAAGACGGCCUUUGUCCCUUUAAGUACAUUCAGUGACAUCCAUCUACUCAGUGAUUAUCGGUUUCUGGAAGACGCCGGCAGAGUGGCAGAUGCUGCCAUGAGGGAUGCCAUGCUACCCCGCCAAACAAGCAAUAAGUUUUUGAACUAUAUGAAAAAUAGAGCUCGGAAACUUGGCAUCGAUAUGAAGUUGCUGCCGCUCGGGUUCACAAAAAGGAAAACAAAUUCAACUUUUUUUCACAAAAAAGAGCAAAGAUUUUAUUGGCAUUUAAAGCUUCAGUUUCCGCAGAGUCAGGCCGAGUACACGGAAAAGAGGGUACCAGAUAAUAAAAUACUCAAUGAGAUCCUGAAAACCUACAUCGACCCAGCCCAGUCUGAUCCAACCAUUCGCCAAAGGUUAAGAGAGUACGUGAGGUCACCGUCUGAUGUGAAGGUGUUUAUGGUGGCAGAAAGGAAAAUGCCUGGUCCAAACAGGUACUAUGAACUGGACUCUAGUGAAAGUCUUCUAGAAAAUCUCCGAAACAAAACAGUCAUUGAGUACCCAACCCUCUAUGUCACAUUAAAGGAUUUUACCAAGGAUAUUCUGCUGGUUAAUCAGGGAAGGGAUCCAUCACCGUCUGUAUCACAGGGAAGAGACUGGUGAGAUCUGGAGCUAUGCUAGAGGGGAGCAGACACCCGUGUGCCUAUAUGUUACCGACUGAGCUGUAGGUCGCUUGCCAGCAUGUGACGUAUAUUGGGCAGAAAAUCCAUUGAUGACUUUUGCCACUGCUGCACUUUCUUUUUUUUUUUUGCCAAAGAUUUUUAUUUUUUUUGCGGUUUGUUUUAUUAUAAAGAAAGUCAGUCGUUCCUUCUGCUGUCUAUUAUACCCUGUGAUUUCUGAGAACAAACACUGUACGUGUGUAUGUAUAUAUAUA